CUUUUGCCCCGUGUGAUAUUUGGGAAUUUAAUCGACCAUGAAGGACAUUUACAAGGACGACGAACUCGCUAUUCCCGAGGGUGUUACUGUUAACGUCAAGUCUCGCGUCGUGACCGUCAAGGGUCCCCGCGGUGAGCUUACCAAGAACCUUCGUCACUUGAACAUUGAGAUGAAGUUCGAUGGUAAGAACAAGCUUCGCUUCGUCGUCUACCACGGUGCUCGUAAGCACGUUGCUGCCAUUCGCACUGUCCGUUCGAUUGUCAACAACAUGAUCACCGGUGUCACCAAGGGCUUCCAAUACAAGAUGCGCUACGUAUACGCACAUUUUCCCAUCAACGUCAUUAUCAACAACGAGGGCAAUGCUGUCGAGAUCCGUAACUUCUUGGGUCAAAAGGUCGUGUUCAACGUCAAGAUGCGUGAGGGUGUCCACUGCGAGGCUUCCAAGGCCCAGAAGGACGAAUUGAUCAUCACUGGCAACGAUCUUGAGAACGUCUCUCAGUCUGCUGCUGACAUCCAGCAAAUGUGCCGCGUCAAGAACAAGGAUAUCCGUAAGUUCUUGGACGGUAUCUACGUUUCUGAGCGUAACGUUCUCGAAACCGAGUAAAUGUUUUUUUGAUAUAAAAACACCUCAAUGUUUUUGUAUUGAAAGAAAAAUAAAUUCUCUUGUUUUUCUAUAUUGUCA